AUAUAUAUUGUAUAUAAAGUUACAAGUUCACAGUUUAAAUUCCUCCUACUCAUUCUCUAUUUCUGUUGUUUCUUCUUCUUUGCACAGAAAUGGGUUCUAAUUUGCAUGAGCUUAGUUUAGACUACAAACCCAAAAACAAAACAAUGAACAGUGUUCUUAGAGAGAUAUCAGUAACAGGAAAUAAUGUAUCUGAGAAAUUACAAAAGAUUGAUGAAUACGUUAACAAAUUAGAAGACGAAAUGAGAAAGAUUGAUGCAUUCAAACGUGAACUUCCUUUUUGCAUGCUUCUCCUAAACGAUGCUAUUGUUGCAUUGAAGGAUGAGAUAACUAAUGUCAGAGAAGAAGAUGAAAAAGUAAAGUCAGAGAAGAAGAAUUGGAUGAGUUCAGCUAAGCUAUGGAGUAGUAGCAGUAGUUCUAACAUUACUGGUGGUGGUUGCUCAAAUAUUGAUAACGAUUAUAGGAAACUGGUACAAAUUACUAGAGAAGUUAUUGAUGAAAACCCAUUUUCUCUAUUUGGAAUUUCUGGUCUUUCUUCAAUAAUGAAGAAGGAAGAGAAAGUGAUUCAAGCAGUACCCUUGGUUUCCAUUAUGAAUCCAGGAAUUAUUAGUACGGUUCACAAUGGAGUUUCAAAUACUAUGUUUUGGAGUUCUAAGAGUAACAGUGGUGCAAUCUUUUCAGCUUCAUCAGGAACUAACAAUGUUCAACCAAAUUUACAAAGACAGCAACACCCAUUUCAAAGAAAGCAAAGAAGAUGUUGGUCACCUGAAUUACAUCGCCGCUUUGUUUCUGCUUUGCAACAGCUUGGAGGCUCACAAGUGGCUACUCCGAAGCAAAUUAGAGAACUAAUGCACGUUGAUGGCCUAACAAACGAUGAGGUGAAGAGUCAUUUACAAAAAUAUCGGCUUCACGUGAACAGAGUUCCUUGUGUUUCGAGUACUCUUGGCAGUCAUUCAGUCGUUAUAAUAGGGGAUUCAUGGGUGGCACAAGAUCAGUACGAGAACGGGGACUUUAAAUCGAGUGAUUUACAAUCUGGGUCUCCGCAAGGUCCUUUGAAUUUAGAAGGAGGAAAUUGUGGAAUUUCAUUGACGACAGGUGGUAAUAAUACAGACGAUGAAGGUGAUAGAAAGUCAGAAAACUAUAAUGCUGAAGACAGGGGAUUGGCUGAUCAACAAUGACAUUUGGAGAUGUUCCCCACACAUGCUGGAACUAUGAUCAGGGAACAAAGUGCUUUUUUCCUACAAAAGCACUUUGUAACCAACUUGUAACAAAUUUUUCGUGAAAAUAGCGUUUGGUAUACUUUUUCCAAAACGCUUUUUUCCAAAAGCACUUUUGUUUGAGGCCAACUUUUAAAAACUACAUAA